AGCAGAUGUCUAAAGGUGUGUUAUGAUCGCCACGCUGCGAUUGUCCUUGAAGUCUUGAACAAAUGAACUGAAAUGUCGUAGAAAUUUGCUACAUUUGUGUUAGUUAUUCAUAUCCUUCAUAUUUUACUUACAUCUGGAAGCGAUCGAAGGUGAUGUCUUUGUCUUUCCAGCAAGCCCAAUACAUCAAUAAGUACAAUAACUGCCAAAAGCUGCCUACUGUGAUCACUGCCUAAUCACAAUACUGUUGAGAUAGCAAUCAAUAAUCAUGGCUACCGCUGAGAUUUCUCAUCAUGAGGACUUAAUCUUGGAACCAAUUUCAUUCACUGAUAUUAAAUGGAAUAUUUCUAAUGGAGAUCAAACUUGCACCCUUCCUGAGGUUCAUCUAGAUGGACAUCAAGUGAAAUAUUUUUCUGCUGCCAUGGGUAUGAGUUCCAAACGUAAAAGGGAACCAUCAAUUUCUUCUUCACAACUUCAAAACCAUAAACAAACAGUGCAAAAUAAUUGGCGUCAUGCAUUGAUGAAAGCGCGAUGUCAUACAGAUUCCUGGGAGAAAUUUCAUUUAGAAGAUUGCCCGAUCGAAAAUGCUAAUCGCCAUCGGUACAACGCGUUGAAAAAAGAAUGGGUGAUCGAUCAAGUUACUGUAAAAAUGCAGGCCGAAUCAUUUGCCCAUGGCGCAAUGAGAGAAUGUUUUCGGAUAAAAAAACUGAGCAACUUUAGUCACAACCAGGAUUGGCGUCGCGAUUCAAAUAACGCAAUCGUUAAACGCUUUAUUCAGCCUGCUCCUCGUGAAGUGUAUUUUGAUGAAGUUAAACUACAAAUGGAUACCAAGUUGUGGGGCGAGGAAUUCAACAGACACCACCCUCCUAAGCAAAUCGAUUUUUUUCAGAUGGCCGUCCUAGAGUUUGUUGAUCGUCCAGAUAAACCCCUAUACCAUAUCGAAAAUUUCAUCGAAGGAAACUAUGUCAAGUACAAUUCAAACUCUGGCUUCGUGCUCGGCGACGAUGCUCAGCGCCAUACGCCGCAGGCAUUCAGUCACUUUACGUUUGAACGUUCCGGUCACGAACUGAUGGUCGUGGACGUUCAAGGUGUUGGAGAUUUAUACACAGAUCCUCAAAUUCACACAGUUUCGGGUACUGAAUAUGGCGAUGGAAAUCUUGGAACCAAAGGAAUGGCUUUGUUCUUCCAUUCGCAUGUAUGCAACUCAAUUUGUGCGAGCUUAGGAUUGACGCCAUUUGAUCUGGCACCCUCUGAGCUCGCUGUAUUAACGGCACAUCCUAGUACUCCUAAUCAAGAAGUUGGAACCGUUUCACGCGGUACCGAAGAUAUAGUCGUCCUACCUUCUCAGUAUCAACGAGCCCACCUUCACGAAUUUCUCCGAAUGAGGUCUUCGUCGAGCAUCGGUUCAUGCGCAUCACUAACAGAAAGCAUAGGCGAAUGGACAUCGAAUGACAUUGUAGAAGAUGAUGGCAAUGAUUCUGAUUGUGGAGGGAUUCAGCUUCGCACGCGUCUCCCAUCCGUGGGGAAAAAUAACAUUUCUCCGACUCACUGGGAAGCAUUGAAUCACAACGAAAGUAGUUCGGACAGUGUUCCUCGCCGGCGUCCUCGAUUGUUCUCGGAAGCGAGUUCUGGGUCUGUUUCAAAGUCUGAAGAAGCAGAUCGAGUCGCUUUCAGAAUAUCAAUAGAUAAGAAAACACGCUCGUCGUGCGUUAUGGCUGAAAUGGAAGCUAGGAAAAAAUUGUGGGAAGCCGAGGAAGAAGAAGGCGAAGAUACUGAUGAAAGGCGCAAACAAAAGACGGGUGGUUCGCUCUUGGGGCAGAUUCAUUUGGAUUUGGCAAAGUACCAUGAAAUGCAACGUUUUACUGAACCCGAUUCGACGGGAUACGAUCGUGAAGCUGCCUUGUAUCAUCUGCGUCACGCGGCUGAUUGCGGUAAUCUUGAAGCAAUUAUAACCAUGGCAAGAGUUGCUUUGAAUCUUCCACACGACGUUUUACCGGAUCUCGUUUUGGAAGAAACCGAUCACAACUUUGACAUGGGUGUUGAUUACAUGCGAAUGGCAGCAGCCGCUGGUGAUCGUGCAGCAAUAGUGUAUUUGGCCAAAGCGUACGACACUGGCAAGGGCUUAGGUACCCGUUCCGUUUCCUGGUCGGAAUCGGUUUACUGGUACACCGAGGCGGUGGAAGCCGUAAAAACAAGCGACGAGGAGGGAAACUAUGAUUCUACUAUGGACGAUCCGACCUAUCAACUACUUGGCCGAUUGGGGGAAAUGUACCGCGAUGGAGGACACGGACUAGACAAAAAUCCAUCAAAAGCCGCUGAUUACUUCAGUAAUGCAGCCGAUUCAGCCAUGGCCGCCAUGAAAGGAAGACUGGCCAAUAAAUAUUACGCUUUGGCAGAAGAGAUGAGCGCAUUGAUCGAGGAAGAUGAACAAUGAAUGUUAGUUGUGGCUAGUCGAGGUUACUCUCUAGUUUCUUUAAAGAGGAUGUAUCCUUAUGAAAGUUUUCUUUUUCUUUUUAAGAUUGUCCCAAAGGGAAUUGUUAUGGGAAUGUUUGUUUAAUUGUUUCUUUUCUUUUCAAAAGAACUACUAAUAAAAAUUUCCCUGUGGUAAACCGAUUGGGCGUGAAUUUUUACAAGGCGUGAUCCGUGGUUACGGGGGGGGGGGGGGAGUACUUGCUUUGCGUGCAUCUAUUUUUACGCCUUGUUGAUCCAGACCACCAAGAGGUUCAAGGGCAAAUUUGACGGACUUUUUUCUUACCUUGGAAGUAUUUAAACUUUGUUAACUUCAUCAUAUAGUGAAUUUUGUCAUAACCCCCCUGAAGUAGGUAAUGUUUUUUACUUGGUGGUGUUCCUGGUGUUGUGUUGCUUAUUGUUGAAUUUUUGACAAUAUAUUAUUCACAUAAAAAGUUUACAUUUGAAUGCUUGAAGAAAAAGUGGCGAUUCAAAUUACAAACCUCGUGAAAUGUCAUUGGUAAUCGAAACCAACAAGCGCUACGCAUUUUCGCUUGUGUGAAGCGGCCUUAUUUAAGGUCUGAUGAGCCCGUGAAAUUCUUUCAAGCAACAUUCUUCUCUUAUUUCCUGUCCUAAAUUAACAAUUUCAUUGCCUCCUCAUUCGGCAGCGUCAACAAGGUAAAAUGUGUCAGCCCCAAGAUCAUCCUUUAUUCACCAAAACAUCGUUGUUAACUUUCAUCCCACAUCGUUUUACACAUUAUUAACAGGGCCGAGCUUACGUUCAUUUCCCUCCCCCCCUCGCCUAGGACUUUGCGUAAGGAGAUGACGACUUGCGUUGCAACGGGAAUUGAACUCGUCGUUCUGACGCAUGCAGUUCGGGGUCAAAGAAACGGAUGGGAAUCUGCGAGUGAAUGCGUGCGACCGCUUCCAGACAUUGAGAGAAUACCAUGUCGGGAGAAAAUGGAAAAGACCGGUACUUCUUCCGCUUCACUGGUUCUCAAAUCCGGCGUCUUCCGUUCGACCUGCCUGCCACUAUUUCAGACGGCACAGUAGACUCGGCUAUUGAGCGUCACUCAGUUUCUCUACCCUACAAACAUGAGAGUAUAAUUGGUAAUUUCGGUCACUACAAUAUAAAUUAUUAUAAUGCGUGUUUGGUAUUAGUCCGUCUGGUUGGUAGCCAAACACAUGUUGUUUCCUCGUUAAAAGAUAUUACUACAAAUUUUGGCGUAAUGAAGUUUUUCCGUGCGCACUACUUUUGUUUUCAGCAUGUUUUCUAUUUUUUCUUAGUAUCGAGAACUAGGUCACAAUUACAUUUCCGUUUUUCUACCUGGGUAAGUUGGGUAGUUUGCGGAAAGACAUCUGAGGCGGAUUUCAAACGAGGUCAAGAGAAAGCAACUUGAGAUGGCAAAGGAAGAUUCUCUUUCACCGCUCAAGCAUUUGGAAUAUCCGAAUACGUGGGCAGCUGUCGAAGGGAAUGGGCGAGGGAAGGGAGGGAUAAGAAGGAUGUUUUUAAAAGAAAACAGUCGUCCCUCCCAACUUUCUUUAAAUUGUAAGUAUGAGGCCCCCCCCCCCUCAACCACCACCGUGGAAUUUCUUGGACAUCUUCCGCCUGCCCCCUCUUAUUUCGGCACAACUUUAAAUGCUUUAACCUACAUUCUGUUUGCUAAGCUGGCGAAGAAAAAGAUUUGAAAACAAGGGUUGCAAUAUUUUUGCGCUAUCUUUCUCUCUCUCCCCCUCUGUUUGUUUAACUACUUCGCUAGUUCAAGGUUGACUGCCAAGCCCGUGAAAAAAAUAAUCUUUGAACUUGAACUUGAGCUGGAUCCUGAGAAUAGAUCAUGGAUUAGACCGACAAUUCUUAACUCACACGAUGUAAUUUAACUCCUUUCUCAUUGUUAAGAUUGCGUCUUUUAUGUGGAAAAUAAUUUUCUUUGCAUGCUCUAUGCACAUUUAGAAAUCGCAAAAGCGUUUGUUUUUUAGAAUUUGAGAUUGCGCGUUCUGUUGCUUUUACUUCGUGCGUAAAAAAGCACGUAAACUACAUGUGCCCACUAAUUUUGAGCAAUUUUUUUAAAAAUUAUUUUGACUGAAAAUCGGAAACAACUUUUGUGGUUGUUUUAAAGACCUAAAAAUUUAAGCAAAUGAAUCCUAUACAGUAAAUUAUAGCUGAAAAUGUUGUCGGAAACUGUUAUCCUAAAUUUAAGAUUCACACUGAAUCGGUUCCUGCCUUUUCAAUGCGAUGAAUCGGUUGACUUCGAUCCCAUGAAUUAUUGAGGCUACACUACGUGCACAGAUUUUUUGUUUGUUAUUGGCACGACAUGUUCCCAUGUUUGAUAAUCACAACAAAAGUAAUAAUCGAUGGCAUUCGACCAUUUCCUCUUGGUGUUCCAUUAUAGGGAAAGAACUCGUUCCCAAAGGCAAUAAGUCCUUUUCAAAAGUAUUUUGAGUCGGCAUUAUUCUGAUAGGAAACUUGCGACCGAAUUUGAAUUGCUAAAAAGGAGUCCCGCCUGUCACUUACGUGUAUUGUGAUAUUUAUGACUAGUCGAACUGGCCGAGUCGUAACAAAUGUUGACCCACUCUCUUGUUAUGGGCCAAGCGACAACAUUGGGUUGUCCCCUGUGUCUAGAGAAUGCGGCAUCGCAUUUUUCUCCCAUGUUUCAUACAAAAGACAAAUUCGGUGGAAGGCAUAUAGUAUAUGGGAUAACCAGAAUUGGUAACGAAUUGUAAUAACCGUAUUAUCGGUAGACUUCCGCUUCUGUGUUACGUAUUGCCUUUCGAUAGAUCCAAAUAAGGGAAUGGGUAUAGAGUGAUUUAUCUAUGAUUGCUAAUUUCUUUUGUGGAUGAAUGCCAACACGAAGAGAAUAAGGAAGCAAAUACCAAGAGUGCGGUUUGCCUCGUAUGUGUAUAUUAUCAUCCUCGGGUUGAAUACACCUGUACCGGCAUGGCCGUUUGGAAAAUGCUGAUGUGUGCGCUGGCCCUUUAAAGGAAAUGUAAUUUCGCCUAUUCUUCCUCAUUAUGUGCCUUUUUGUGUCUGAGGUGCCGUUUUCGUUUUUCAGCUUCUAGGCUCUUUGACACCUCUUUCGUUGGUUGCUUCACCUCGUUCAAAACGUUAGGACGCUCACCGUGACCCAUGGGGUCCCCCGUGUACACACAGGUGGUUACGCGGAGUUGAGAAAUCUACGAGUUCACAAUAAGAAUCCCGUAAGACCAUCCGACACUCUUCAUAUUGAGUAAAGUUCCAGGCACCGCCUGUUGGAAAGUAAUAGUCCCGAAAUAACGCUCACUACCUCUAUUUGCUGGCUGCCUUUUUUUGUUUGCUGAGGAAGAACUAACGGUGAACUUUGCUCCGACCUCUGAACCCCCUCCCUGCGAUCACCGUUCGACGGGUGCGGUUUCGUUGCUCGUCUUCCCUUUUUUCUUUCUCUUUCUGUCGCUACACGUAUUAUAUGAUAGUAGUUUGAAAAUACCGAAAGUCGAUUCGUUAUUUUCAUUGACUUUUUACGGUUGUGUUUGAUAUUCCCACAUCUAUAUAGGUGGGAAAUAAUAUCUUACUGUAAAUACACAUCCGAGGACUGAAUCGCUGCUCAUCGUCCUUUGCGCAGUUUCCGAGUAUCCCAUAUUGUUUUGAGCCAAGAAUUGCAAUUUUAUUUCCAGCUGGGGUCUCCGGAUAUCGUUGGAAAAAAUUCCGUCCAAUGCUUUUCGUUUGUAGCCUAUAAUCGCCACCCUUGUAGCAAGGAAACCGAAAUUUGAUUGCGUCAUUCAAGUGCACAGAAAAACAACACAUCUGCGUAAAUUGGUAGGUGGAAAACACUGCCAUAUCGUACUGGAUUUUGGCAGUGGCUUGACCUUCCUGAACCCACCGUUGCGUCGACCCCCGGGUAUUUCAAGGUGGAAUAAGAUGCCGAUGCCGCAAACGUGUUCCGUUAGAUUCCGUCCACUUGUGUAUGCAUAUGAGUUUUCUCGGAAGAUGUUAUUUAUGUCGGUAGCCUGUUUCACUGCUCAUAACAUCGCUUAAUUUUCCAACAUCAUCGCGCUCCAAUAAACGCAAUUAAAUUUGUGAAAUUGCGCAACAUAUUAACGAUUUUAGCGACUCCCACAGACGCAGGUAAUGCUCACCUGCGUCAGACUCCCGCCAGCAUUGGUGUGGUAAGGAGAAAACUUCAUGUCGACGAGACCUUGUUUCCGGCAAAUCCAUGACGGCAGCUGUUUAACUUUCUCAUUUAUGUAAAUCGAGUUUUCUCCGCGUGUUUUACCAAGUCAAUUCUCCCAGCGUCUCGUGUUGUUUGUCUGGCCUGUUGUUGUUUCAACCGAUUUCUAGAAUACGUCACACCACCCACACCAGACUUUAAAUCUUUCCCCUUUCGAUGAUUACCUCGGCGUUGAAAACUUACCAGGUAGGUGGUCGGGCGGUGAUACGGAAGGAGGAGGUGGUGGUUGAGGUGGGGUGGGGUGGGGUGGGGUGAGUGGGAGAAAGAGAGAACCGGGGGACUGAAGGCGGAGGAUCCGCAUUGGGGCCUAAUUAUUUACAGUGAAGUACGUCGCCAGGUAGGUUUCACUGCUCGUGUACAAAGAGGGACCACUAUUGGACUUUUUUCCACAGUCGGUCGAGGAUCAGCCGAAGGUGAACUUGUCUGUCUACAAUCCGGAGUUACCAUCUAUUAUUCAUCCCGCUUCCUGUACUGAAACGGAAUACAGUGUGAAUUAUAUCUGGAAUUUGAAAAGGGAUUUAAUUCGGAAAAAAAACUUUUGAACUUUUGAAAAGUUGAAGAUACAAAUGGCUCGAUUGUCGAGAAAUGGUUUGCUGUACUUGUUUUUGGCUGCGUCGAUGGCAGUUACAUGUUACGCAGCUGCUGCUGCUGAUCCCGCUGUGGAUUCCAAGCCAGCUAUGCAAAAUUUCGCCGAACCAGCCGAAAAAGUCAAAGCACGAGACAGUCACGCACUCAAAUCUGAUGUGUCGUACACCAAUUAUUUGAAAGCACCUCAGAUCCAACCUCCGACACCAGUAGCGUUGUCAGGAUCAGCAGCAGGUGUUUCCUUUCCGUCCAUCGCCCAGCCAGCGGCCCAGCCAGCGGUCCAGCCUGCAGUUCACCCGGCAUCCCAUUCGAUUCCUGUUCCAGCUUUGUACAGUAACCCACAAGAAACCACCAUGGGCUACGUGUAUUAUUACCUACCGCAGGUUGCCGAGAAAUACUACCCCAAGCUCAAAGAUCUGAUGCCUUACGUCAAGCAUUAUGGAUACGCUGCAUCUCGAGCGUGGCAAAACAUGCCCAGCAUGCGCCAAAUGGCCGACAGGACGUUUGAUAUCACUUCAGCCAUUGGACUGGUCCUGUUGGCUCCCGUCAUGCUCAUAUCCAGCGUUCUCUUCUUGGGUUUCAUUGUGAUCCUCUUCUUCUUUCCUGCCGUGUCGGCGUUUGGCCGGAGACGAAUGGGACGCGAUUUGUCAGCUGUGGAAGAUCUCAACGAAGUUUUGGAUUUCGAUCGAUUCUUGCCGCUGAAGCAGUCCAGAACUUUGGCGUCGUUGGCUGCCCGCGUUGACGACGUGCUGGACAAUUACAUGCGCGCAUUCAAGAGCGACACCUGCCUGGAGAAAUUUUCUUGUCAAGCUGGCCAAAUGACUAGCCGGCUUGGCAAAUUGACUGAGCCCAUUAUCACGUUACUGGAGCCGCUGGUUCCUGCGUACAUGUACAAAAAGCUGGAGGCAUUCAAAAGCGGUGCCCGCAGUGGCAGCGCCGAUUGCAGCGAAAUGAAAUGCAAACUUCCUUUCAUCGGAUAAGAACAACGUUUUUCACCCUCAAAUAAUUCAACAGCUACCUAGUUUAUUUCGUUGCACAUUACCAGCCUUUAUUUUUUAAUUUAAUGAGACUCAAAUCAGAGUCUACUUCGUUUUUCAAUGGAGGGCAAGCUGGUCUUGCUAUUAUAUUCAUUACGUUCCAGGAACCUGAUCAAUGCGAGCUAAAUACAAAUACCGUCACUCUCA